AUGUCCAACCCAGCCUCCUACGAUUCGAAUCGGCGAUCGGCCAUAUUUGGUCGUACCCCUGAGGAGCUGCAUAUUCCCUCAACUGGGUUGAUCAAUCCGAAUUUAUCGCGCCAGCCCCCACAAGACUACCCCACUACGCCCGAUGCAAGCGCCGCCGCCCAAGUGCCCUCGAUCAACGUCCACUCCUCGCAAUCGCAGCACCAGCAGCACCCAGGAACCUCCAACAGUGCGCUUCCAGGAUCGCUCACACCGGGGAAUCAACACCGCCCGUCCGCAGUCUCGGUCAACACCGCUCCCUCCGUCAUUCCCACCCUCCAGCAGCAGCAACAGCCGUCCGCACAACAGGCCAGCCAUCGAACAAGCAUGAUUAACUCGCACGGCCACUCGCGAUCCAGCCCUGCGGGUUUCGAUCAGUCAACCCCGCAGGGUUCCAAGUAUUCGCCGCUGGGCUUGGCCGAUAUUCGACCUCCCGGGGAGCACUUGCUGGGGGAUUCUCUGAUGAGCCCCGGAUCGCUCCCUUAUAAUGGAGAAACCCAGAUACCGACCAACAGCAACUACGUGGCACCAUGGCCUAUAUAUGCGGUUGAUUGGUGCAAAUGGCCCAUGACGGGAAGCUCCAGUUCCUUUGGGGGCAAAUUAGCUCUCGGGAGUUAUUUAGAAGACAACCAUAACUAUAUUCAAAUUAUCGACACACAUUGGACACAGCCGGAUCCCGAUACCCCGGAUGCGCAAGCGGGUGAAAUCAAGCUCGACUAUGUCAAGACUGCCGAGGCCACUCACUCUUAUCCCGUGACCCGUAUUCUCUGGGAGCCUCCAUCAUCACAAAAGCAAUCAACCGAUCUGUUGGCAACGUCGGGUGACCACCUCCGUCUAUGGUCCCUUCCUAGCGCCCAGCCCUUGCAGAGCUCCAAUUCCAUUACACGACCUACCAAUCAAAGAGAGGCACCCCUUUCCAAGCUCUCCCCACUGGCUCUCCUGUCAAAUUCCAAAUCUCCCGAGCAUACGGCCCCUAUUACCUCGCUUGACUGGAACACAAUUUCCCCCAGCUUGAUCAUCACCUCGAGUAUUGAUACCACAUGUACCAUCUGGGAUAUUCCGACCUUGACAGCCAAAACCCAGUUGAUUGCGCACGACAAGGAGGUUUACGAUGUUCGUUUCUGUGCGAACAGUGUUGACGUUUUUGUCAGCUGUGGUGCCGACGGCAGUGUCCGCAUGUUCGAUUUGCGCAGCCUCGAGCACAGCACCAUCAUAUAUGAGCCAACGGAUAAGACAGAAAAGCCUGUGAUGAGUCCUGGCAACUCUAGCCCAUCCGGCCCCUCAUCCUCUGGGAUGUUCCCUCCUCCUCCUUUGCUGAGAAUCGCAGCAUCCCCACACGAUGCCCAUCUCCUCGCCACUUUCUCCUCAGAAUCAAACGUAGUCCGCGUUCUGGAUGUACGACAGCCCGGCCAGGCACUUCUCGAACUCAAGGGCCACUCCGCUCCCCUCAACUGUGUUGAGUGGUCACCAAAUCGACGGGGUAUAUUGGCUUCCGGCGGCGACGACAGUCUCGUUCUCAUCUGGGAUCUUAUCAACCAACAGAAUGCCGCGCCUCUUUCUCCUCCCGCACAGAAUCCCGGAACACCAGCAACACCGUCUGAGCGCGGUCCGGCUGCCGCGUGGCAAUGUGACUACGAAGUUUCUAAUAUCAGCUGGUCUCCACAAAGCGGAACCAACUCAUCUGGGAACCCACGGGAAUGGCUUGGAGUUUGCGGUGGACGCGGUAUCUGGGGUGUAUCUCUAUAA